UAACACAUACAAUCUGGGUCUUUUCGGUGACUUUAUUUCUUACUACCCACUUUUACUUUUACCUGUGACCAGGAUUCAGAAGGAAACUCAACCAAAAAAAAAAAAAACCCUGAACUUAGAUCAAUGCGAGCCAUUGCUGUGGCGCCUCAUUGAUGUGGACUCUAUCUGACUCUUUACACACUGAUGAACUUGUGCUUUAUCCUACAGUUUAAACAAUCAUGGCCGCUUUGGUGUCGAUCUUUCUGGCGUCGGUCCUGGUGGACACGGCUUUAUUAGCGUCUCAGGUUUCUCUGGAGAAGGGUUUUUUACAGUCACUGGCCGAUGAAGAUAUUUUUCAUCUUUUUGGAAAUAAUUCAUCAACAUUAGUGCCUGAAUUUGACCUUGUGUGGGUAAGUUGCUUCGGGGAUGAAACCGGUAGAAGACACUGUUCGUUUCAAGCCCAUGGCAAAGACUUUAACCUGAGGCUGAGAAACGAGCCGCCGUUGUUCUGUCCUUCCAACCUGGAGCUCGCCAUCAAUACUACGCUCAGCGUUAUAAAGAGGAGGGAGAAUAAGUGUUGUGAGCAACUCGACGUACUGAAACCAGAAGAUGCCAGAUCUUUUCUCUCAGUGUGUGACGGAAAAAUUCAAGGCCUUCUUCUCAUGCAGUCAGGAAAGCUACACAUACAUCCACUGCUCCACAACCAUUCCGAACGUCUGAGACACUCGGUGGUCAAACCGCAAGGUGUGCCCCACCUGCUCUUGCUCCGCCCAUCACAAGUAAGGACACGCCUUCAACAGGGACAGAGUCACCGAAGGCUCCAGAGGUCAUUCCUAGGGGCAGAGGUCAACCAUUUAGAGCUGCUGGUAGUAGUCGGUCCUGACGUCCACGAGGUUCACAAGCAGGACACUGAGAGAUACAUCCUCACCAACCUGAACAUUGCAUCCGAGCUGUUACGAGAUGUCACUCUAGGGGCAAAUAUAAGAGUCCACCUGAUCCGUAUGAUCAUUCUGACUGAGCCAGAGCCAGACAUCCAGAUCUCAAAUGAUAUCACUUCAUCUCUCAGGAGUGUGUGCGAGUGGGGUCAUAAAGUCAACCCUUCCACUGAGACUGACCCUCUGCAUGCAGACUUACUCCUUUACAUCACCAGGUUUGAUUUAGUUUUGCCCAAUGGGAAUAAACAGGUGAGAGGUGUGACUCAACUGGGAGGAGUCUGUUCUAGCCAGUGGAAUUGUGUAAUUACAGAAGAUACAGGCUUUGACCUUGGCAUCACUGUGGCACAUGAGAUUGGACACAGUUUUGGAAUAAACCAUGACGGUACAAGCAACACGUGCAGCAGUAGCGGGUGUAUAAUGGCGUCUGAUGGCGGUUAUAACAGUGUGGAUCUCACCUGGUCUCAAUGCAGCAGAACGCAGCUCCUCAACUUUUUCAGUGCAGGCAAGGCAGAGUGUGUGAAGGAUGUACCAGUGCUGGGAGGAUCACUGCAGGCGUGGAAACCCGGACUGUAUUACGGUGUGGACGAUCAGUGUCGCAUCGCGUUCGGGAGCACAGCCUCUGCCUGCUCCUUCACUAGCAAUGACAUGGCCACCUGUCGAUUUCUGUCCUGCCACAUCGCCCCUGGUGAUCGCAGCACCUGCACCCGACUUCUUGUGCCACUGCUGGACGGCACUGAAUGUGGGCUCAAUCAGUGGUGCUUAAAGGGCCGUUGUGUAUCUGCAUCCAAACUGAGCUCCACUCUGCUGGUUCAUGGCUCCUGGUCGUCCUGGUCUGGAUACACCUCCUGUUCACGCACCUGUGGAGGAGGGAUCACAUACCGCAAGAGAGAGUGCAACAAUCCCAGACCAGCAUUUGGAGGGAGAGACUGUGAGGGAGAGGGGACAGAGGCUGAACUUUGCAAUCGCCAGCCAUGUGAAAGUAACCAGCACGAGUUCAUGGCCCAGCAGUGCUCAGAUACAGACCAUCAACCCCUCCUGCUUUCCGCUUAUUCAACCACAGCAUACUCAUGGAUCCCUGCAGUUGGUUUUAUUUCAGGUGAUGCUCAGUGUAAGCUGAUGUGUCGCUCUCGUGAGCAGGACUUCAUGGUGAGUCGUGGGGCUCAGUUUAUCGAUGGGACAAGGUGUGAACUCGACAGCCCCGUCACUGCUGGCUCCUUUACUGCCUGCCUUAACGGGAAGUGCCAGUUGUUUGGCUGUGACGGUGUGUUAAACUCCAGAAAAGUAAGGGAUGUUUGCGGGGUGUGUGGUGGAAAAGGCAACACCUGCCAUCUCAUUACUGGCUCUUACACAGGUGGAGACGACAAAGAGUACGUCACAUUCCUCAGUCUUCCCGCGAAUGCCACUCAGGUUCACAUUAAUAAUUGGAAUCCAGUUUUCACUCAUAUGGCCGUGAUGGUGAACGAUGAAUAUGUCGUAGCCGGAGACGGCGAUAUCGCAUUAAACACCACCCAUCCAUCACCUCUGGAGGAGAAACAUCUAAUCUAUAAUCUCUACCUCACUGCCGACUUUCUACCUCACACAGAGGAGCUUGUUUUGUCUGGACCAAUCUCGGACAAGAUCCAAAUACAGGUAUAUCGGAAAUAUGGAAGAGAAUACGGAGACAUCACAAGCCCAAACAUCACCUAUCAGUUCUACAUGUCUGAUGCUGAACACGUGGAGAAGAUAAUUGAGGGUCAAUGGUCCACUGUUGUUUCGUCUUGUUCUGUAACCUGUGGCUCAGGGAUUCAGAGGGUUAGUCAGGAGUGUGUUGACAUAAACACCCAGGAGCAAGUAGAUGAAGAACUCUGCAGCUCAGUUAAUCCAAACCCACCCACCCUACAGCCAUGCCACCUACCUGACUGCCCACCAAGUUGGGUGCUGGGUGAAUUUGGUCCUUGCAGCACCCCCUGUGGAGUUGGAGAGCGGGUGCGCUCUGUGGCCUGUAUGCAGAAACAGGGUAUGGAAACAGUGAUAUUAGCAGAUUCUGCAUGCUCUCAGGUGACCAAACCAGCAGUGAAUGAAACCUGCAACACUCAUCUAUGCUUUGCCAGAUGGCAAGUCUCAGAGCCCGGUGAGUGUUCAGCUGUGUGUGGCCCAGGCCAGGCUCACAGAUCAGUGUCCUGCCUUCGCUCCCACCGUGGGGCUGACUUAGCAGUAAAUGAAAGCCAUUGUUUACACCCCAAGCCUUCUGAAAAUGUCCCAUGUGUGGUGGAUGUGUGCCCUAUUGGCUGGGAAACACACAGGAAGGAUCAGCAAGACCAAGGGUCACUUUCUGUAAUGCUCCGCUCCAAAAUUAUUCCAGUAUAUGUGUGGAGCCCUGUGAUUGGCCACUGCACUAAAACUUGUGGAAAUGGAACUCAGCAGGUAUGGUUUUCCUGUGUGGACCAUCAAUCACGACUAGAUGUCCCCGAGUUCCUUUGCGAUCGCUUUAGCAAGCCUGAGCUGUACACAAAGCUGUGUGUCCAGUCACCCUGCCCUGCCAUGUGGCGCUACAUACAGGGAGUGUGCAGUGUGUCUUGUGGAGGUGGUGUGGCAAGAAGGUUGUUGUACUGCUCUCAGCAGGCUGCAGGGGGAGACAGAGGCAUUGAAGUAGUGCUAGCGGAGUCAGCCUGUCUCCCUGCCUCCAGACCUCUACAAGUUGUACCUUGUAACACUGAACCCUGUCCAGCAAGGUGGCAGGUGGGUGAACAGGGUACGUGUUCGGUGUCCUGUGGCCUGGGUGUGGCAUUAAGGAGGGUCUUGUGCAUCCAGUUUGAUGGAAAAUUGGAGAGAGAGCUUGAGGAUGAGCGUUGUGAAAGAGGCAAAAAGCCUCCUGUCACAGUCCCCUGCUUUACCCAGGCCUGCUCCUUCCAUUGGGGUGUACAGGAGUGGAGCGAGUGUUCAGUCUCUUGUGGUUAUGGGAUCCAGUCUCGGAAGGUCUCAUGCCUUGGACCAUCCAGCCCUCUACCAAUCACUCCCAUCCUCUGUGUCCACCUUCCCAAACCAAUCACUAUCCAGGCCUGCUACAAUGCCAACUGCUCCACCGUGGGCCCAAGCAUUAUUCCUACCCAGGAACCAGAGGCCUGGAGCAAGAAGAGUGAACUGAAUGUCUUGCAUGAGGAGAACAGGACCACAUAUGCACCUACUGGAGAAACUGAGAAAUUAGCAGAAGUUGUACCUACAGUACCAACGCUGAGGAGCACCACAACAGUGUCGACACACCCUCCACAGAGCAGUUUGUGUGGGCAGCUUUUUCUUCAGGAAAGAGGACUCAUUGAUCUACGGAAUGUCAGUGAGAGGCGUUGUUUUCUCUCUAUCGGCCGCCCCCUUGAUGAAGUCAUCCAAAUCAAAAUUGAGUCCAGCUCUCUUAAUUGUAGACACAAAGAGAAUCUUGCCCUUUAUGAGAGAAAAUCUCUAAGGCAAAUCUGUGAAAAGAUGACUGGAAAGACACUGACUUCAAGGUCUAAUGUCCUGCUGGUGCGUCAAAGCCGUCUCACCCCCGGAAACGGAGUGCUGUUUUCCUAUCAGAGUAAGAACAACGUAAAGAAAAGCCAUCAUGAAGAUUGUAAUGUUCAGCUGUUCUCUCCAUCUGGUUUUAUUGAGAACCCAGUUAGGAGUUCAUCAUCCUUAUCCUCCAGCCUGCAGUCUUGUCGGGUGUUCAUUGAUGCUCCGCCUGCACUAAGGAUACAGAUCAGAGCGCUGUCUGUAUUCAAUACAACUUCCUCAGACUCCACAUAUGUGAUGAUCCGAGAUGUUGAUGCUGUCAGGACUGCAGUGUUUAAAGGCGCACAGCUUUUCCACUGGAUUUCGACGGGAAGCAGGGCGGAAGUGGAAUUCCAUGGAGAAUACCAGCAAAUGAAGGGAACAUUUCAAGCAGAGUAUUCGUACAUUAAGCCCGAGGAGGCUAAACUGAUUUAGACUGUUAGCAGUUUAUCCAGAAAUGUGUUUGCAGCACUUAGCAAACAAAAAGUUAGAAGGUAGCAUAAAGACUAGCAUGAAUAUAUUAGCAUGCACUCAUUCAUGCUAAUAAUUUCAUUAUUUCAAAGUAAUGUAGUCUGGAAAAUCUGGUUACUUCUAAGAAACUAAUGAUACCGUUUGGUUUAAUGAUACAUGUUCGCUUUUUACAGGGGAAAAAUGUACACAUUUCUUUUUGACAAGCUAGUACAACAAAAGGGUGUAGAUCUUACAACUGUCCAAAUGUAUAUUUAUGCCAAUAAAUAUGGAACUAUAGCUACACACACCACAGUCAUAUAGCAAACUUGCUAAGUGCUUCAGUUGGGGAACAACAAACUCGGGUUUGAUAUAAA